AUGUAAAUAUCAUCAUAUAUUCAAAUGCAUGACCUAUUUAUAAAUAGCUCCCGUACUUUAGUAAAGCAUGGCGGCUAUUGAUCAAUAUAGUACUAUUAUCACCUCCAAUAUUCGCAUGGAUGGUUUCUCCUCUGGCCACUAUCCUCCGUUGGAUCUCUCCGACUAUAUUCUCACGGAUGAAGUCCCCACGGAGUGCUCGGGGCCUGCUUCGACCGCACAAUUACCAAUACAAGGGCGGCUAGCUUCGUCGAUCGCUGAAGCUAGCAACGCGGCUAGCUCACAUCGUGCGAAUAACUAUGUUGACAGCAGCAGUGGCGGUGGUGGUGGUGGCGACAACCAUAAUACAAGGAGCUCAAGGGAAGGGCACAGGGUGGCAUUCAGAACGAAGUCAGAGGUGGAGAUCAUGGACGAUGGAUUCAAGUGGAGAAAAUAUGGCAAGAAAUCGGUCAAAAAUAGCCCAAACCCGAGGAACUACUAUCGUUGUUCGACUGAGGGAUGUUCAGUGAAGAAGAGAGUAGAAAGAGACCGUAAUGAGCCUAGUUAUGUGAUCACGACAUACGAAGGGAUGCACAAUCAUACAAGUCCUGAUGUUGUUUAUUAUGCAACUCAAGAUCUAGAGUCUGGUAGAUUUGUUGUUUCCGGGCUGCAUCAAAUCCCUCGAAGCUCUUGAUUGUACGUUUAUGUCAUAUUUGUUGAUGAAAUUGCAAUUUGCCAGCUUUUUUGGUGAUGUGUAUAUAAUAGUAGGUUCUCAUGCAUUUGUAUGGUCAUGGAAUUCUUUUAUGUAGAUUCAUUGAAGAUUGCAGUCUAAA